AUGAGGAGAUCGCAAGGUUCAACAGGCGACAGCAUUAUAUCGUUGAAAACCGCUGGAUCCUGCAUUUCCAAGAUCGUGAAUGGGAAACUCGUCCAAGUUGGCGAUUGCAAGAAAGACGAUGGAUCUGAAAUCGCCAGAUUGAUCCAGAAGAGUCUUGAAGAAAAGAAAAAAGCUGAAAUUAAAUGUGACGUCACAUACAAUUCCAAAUGCUUCCGAGCAGUGAUGUAUGGUACAAGCAACGUCACCUUCAAUGACGCUCAAUCGAUUUGCAAAUCAACGAACAAUGGAAAACCCGCAAAUAUGUAUGACCCCACGAAUUACCAGUUGCUGGUCUCCUAUCUACACACACUGCUCCCUGCUGGUUGGGGAUUCAUCAACAUCUGGACAGGAAUGAAGUAUAGUCAUCAGAGCAAUCUGCUUUCGCUGUCAAGUGGAGUGUCAUUCCCUAUAGAAAAAGAAGUGUGGAUUUUUGGUUAUCCCUCAUCCGAUGCAUUGCAAACAAAUAUUGUUGUCAGGGUAAUGAACGAUCUUGGUAAUAGUGGAUUGCUCAAUGGCGCACCAUCCUGGACAAUCCACGGUGUCAUCUGUGAAAUAUAAACCAGAUCAAAACCUACCAGAACUUUGUUGACGGACUGAAUGAUAUAAACGACAAAGAGUUCUUGCUUUCAUUAUUUGCUUAUUAUAUAUUAUUCCUUUACUAUUAUCAAUCCAUGCCUUGAAAUUCGUCACCUUGUCUAUUGAAACUUUUUGCUCAGAAAAUAA